AUGGUCCACCAACACGGUGAUCACCACGAUAUCCCCAAGGAGCAUCAUGUCUCACGCGCAGGCAGCUGGCUACCAGCCGACCACCGUAUCCAACAUGGCUGGCUCGGAAAACAGAUUGAUGAUGCGAAAAAGAAUCCAAAGGGAGAACUUGUGCCAUGUCUGAAGGACUUUAAGGCCUUCAUUGAAGGGAACCCAAGAAUUUACAUGUACUUCAAUGCUAUGUUCGACGAAGUCCCCGUCAAGAAACCCUACAACACCGACCCGACCGGCCGCAAGCAAAUUCGAGACUACCACCACAUGCUCGAGAUCCUGAACCACACAUUCACCACCGCCCCCACCUGGACAGAUGCUGCUGCUAAUGUGGGAAUGGUCGGAGUUCCAAUGUGCGCCAUCUUCGACUACCCCAUGGGCACCCCCUCGGGCUACGCCGCCUUCGUCGACCCGGAAGUAAACGCCCACCUCAAGAAUAUCCUCAACGAAUGGGGCAAGUUCCUGCGGACGCCCAAAUCCGCCGAAGUCCUAGGCGAGCACAAGCAGGGCUGGUUCGGCCCCGUAGGCAAACAGGAUUUGAUGAUGGUCGCCAACGCCCCCUACACCACCUCCCACGCCUUCGAGGACUUCUAUAUCUGCGAUCCAAGCGCUAAACACUACGGCUACAAAUCCUGGGACGACUUCUUCACCCGCCAAUUCAAGCCCUCAGUCCGCCCCGUCGCUUCCCCCGACAACGACAACGUCAUCGCCAACGCCUGCGAGAGCAAAGUCUUCAACGUCGCGCACGACAUCAAGCUCCGCGACAAGUUCUGGAUCAAAGGCCAACCCUACUCCGUCCUCGACAUGCUCGCCCACGACAGCCUCUCCGAAAACUUCGCCGGCGGAACAGUCUACCAAGCCUUCCUCUCCGCCCUCUCCUACCACCGCUGGCACGCGCCCGUCAGCGGCACGAUCAAGAAAGCCUACGUCCAAGACGGCACAUACUUCUCCGAACCCCUGUUCGAAGGGCUCGGCGACCCUUUCAUCACCGAAAUCGACGCGGGCGGUAUCUCCGUCGGACAAGGCUACCUCACCGCCUUGGCCACUCGGGCGAUAAUUUUCAUCGAAGCGGAUAACCCUGCCAUCGGGCUUAUGGCGUUUAUUGGCAUCGGGAUGGACGAGGUGAGUACGUGCGAUAUCACGGUCAAGGAGGGGCAGCAUGUGAAGAAGGGGGAUCAGACGGGGAUGUUCCAUUUUGGGGGGAGUUCGCAUUGUUUGUUGUUCAGGAAGCAUGUGAAGGUUGAGGGGUUCCCGCAGCCGGGACGGCAGGAGAAUGUGCCGGUCAGGGGGCAUUUGGCGGAUGUGAAGGCGUAG